AUGGACUCUGCCGCAGCUUCAAUGGAGCUCAAGGACAACACGGUCAUCGUGGUCCUCGGUGCCUCCGGCGAUCUCGCAAAGAAGAAGACUUUCCCUGCCCUCUUUGGCCUCUACCGCAACCAAUUCCUCCCCCAGAACAUUAAGAUCGUCGGAUAUGCGCGGACGAAGAUGGACCACCCCGAAUACAUUAAGCGAGUCCGCUCGUACAUCAAGACCCCGACCAAGGACCUCGAGAGACAGCUCGAUGAGUUCUGCGAGCUCUGCACCUACGUCUCGGGCCAGUACGACCGCGACGACUCCUUCGACAACCUUAACAACCACCUGCUAGACAUCGAGAAGGGCCGCAAGGAGGCUCACCGUUUAUUCUACAUGGCCCUGCCGCCUAGCGUCUUCACCAUCGUCUCCCAGCACCUCAAGAAGUGCUGCUACCCCAAGAACGGCAUCGCCCGUGUCAUUGUCGAGAAGCCGUUCGGCAAGGAUCUUGCCAGUUCGCGAGAGCUGCAAAAGUCGCUGGAGCCCGACUGGAGCGAGGCCGAGCUUUUCCGCAUCGACCACUACCUCGGAAAGGAGAUGGUCAAGAACAUUCUGAUCCUGCGCUUUGGCAACGAGUUCUUCGGCGCAACAUGGAACCGACACCACAUCGACAACGUCCAGAUCACCUUCAAGGAGCCUUUCGGCACCGAGGGCCGUGGCGGAUACUUUGACGAAUUCGGCAUCAUCCGCGAUGUCAUGCAGAACCACUUGCUUCAAGUCCUGACCCUGCUGGCUAUGGAGCGCCCGAUCUCCUUCUCCGCCGAGGACAUCCGUGACGAGAAGGUCCGUGUUCUCAGGGGAAUCCCGGCCAUCGAGCCCAAGAACGUUAUUAUUGGCCAGUAUGGAAAGUCCCUUGAUGGUAGCAAGCCUUCUUACAAGGAGGACGAGACCGUGCCCAAGGACUCGCGCUGCCCAACCUUCUGCGCUCUCGUUGCCUAUAUCAAGAAUGAGCGAUGGGACGGUGUUCCCUUCAUCAUGAAGGCUGGCAAGGCGCUGAACGAGCAAAAGACGGAGAUCCGGAUCCAGUUCAAGGAUGUCACUAGUGGUAUCUUCAAGGACAUCCCACGCAACGAGCUGGUCAUGCGCAUCCAGCCCAACGAGAGUGUCUACUUGAAGAUGAACUCCAAGCUGCCGGGUCUCAGCAUGCAGACCGUCCUCACCGAGCUCGACCUGACCUACCGCCGUCGUUUCUCCGACCUCAAGAUCCCCGAGGCCUACGAAUCGCUCAUCUUGGACUGCUUGAAGGGCGACCACUCCAACUUUGUCCGUGAUGAUGAGUUGGAUGCCAGCUGGAGGAUCUUCACUCCCCUCCUUCACUACCUUGAUGAUAAUAAGGAGAUUGUCCCUAUGGAGUACCCCUACGGCUCGAGAGGCCCUGCCGUGCUGGAUGACUUCACUGCCAGCUACGGCUACAAGUUCAGCGACGCCUCAGGAUACCAGUGGCCCACUACGUCGGCUGUCCCACCUAACAAGUUCUAA